AAGGGAUAACCCGACAACCUUGGAGGAGAUGUUGCUCCAAUUGGACAUGGGGGAGAAAAUGGCUAGAAGAGAAAAGCUGAACGAAUAUGGGCAGCAUAGAAUGUCUUGUGCCAACAGUUCAGACAUUCUUCGAACUGCAAGGAACGCGCUAAACCAGUAUCCUCGCUUUUCUCUGGAUGGCAAAGAUGCCAUGUACCGGUCUUCUUUCCAUGACAUGUCUCCUUUGCUAACCACAAGUGUUGGUGUUAGAAAAUCAGUAUGCUGCAACCGCGAGCUGAGGAAAAUGGAGAUGAAAACUCAAACUCAAACUCAAAACAUGCCCCCGGCAAUAGCAGGGGCGCGAGUGGUUUGGUGUAAACCAGGAGUAGUAGCUAAGUUAAUGGGACUUGAGACCAUGCCAACAUCAAUACACAGAAAGCAUAGUAAGGAUAGAGUGAGUGCAAUUAUCAAAAGCCAACGCCUGAGGAAACGGUACCAGAUGGAGAGUAAGAGAAGAGGAAGGGUGGUGGUGGAAACGAGCUGUGGUGGCCACAACUGUAGUGUAAAGAGAGGGACGAAUAAUCAGAAUGUGAUGAGCUCUUGUUCAAGAAAUGGCUAUUGCGUUAUGAAACCCGUCGCAAUGGACCUACCAAAAGCUCACAAAGAAGUAGGCUGGCCAAUGCGAGGUGGCGUUUUGUACAGAAAUAACAAUGACAUGUAGUAAGAUUUUUCUUUUUACUUAUUUGUUCAACUCAGGUGCUUUUGUCAAUCAUAUAUAGAAGCGGACUAUCUUUUGUGUAUGCCAAAUUAAUUGUCUCUAUGUUUUUUCUAAUUAGUUGGAUGUGUGAUGUGUAUAAAAAUUUCAUAUGUGAAUCCGAAGUUCUACCAGUAACAAGUUUUAAACUGGAACUGCUAAUGUACCAAAAUUGUGUUUGAACAUUUUAGCGUCAAACGUUUGUAGGGUUUUAAGGUGUGAAUAGGAAAAUGUACCUUUUGAACUGCACAUCUUCAUCUAACCAUUUCUUUGCCUUUAAAUACUAAGGCAUUAUUUCAGAUA